CUUAUACCGACCACGAUUUAUUUGAAGAAGAAGUAGGCUGUCAUAUAUAUUGAAGCCAUUCAAUUCAGUUCAAUUAUUCAACUCAAUAAGUCUCACAAAAUAAAACUUUCUUGCAUGGUUUGUCAUCUGUGAAAUUACUUUUAGUUUGAUCUAUAGCUUGAACACUGGUGUUAAAGCUUUAUCAAUUUGCAUUCUUUCGUUUCCUUGUUGUCAUUAUCUCUAUUACUGUUAUUUAAUUUCUAUUUUACCAUUACUUUUAAUUUCAGAAUUUAUUUCCAGGUUCUGAGGGUGUUCUAAAACUAAUUUGCAUUCAUUUCAACUGGUAAAGCCGUUGAACAUGUCCCCUCUUCAUACAACUCUCAAUGCCGAUGGUAGCAUAAGGAAGGAUUCCGGAUCAAUACCGGAUUUGAAAUCAAAUCCCUUACCGACUAUAAAUGAUACCGAAUCUACUGAAAACCAAGAAAACCCAGCUACUAAUGUACCGACAACAGGAUAUUUACCAGCUUCUACUUCAACUUCAACUUCCAUUUCAUCUUCAGGGAUAUCUAAUUCAUCAACAUCAACAAAUCUCACAUCCUUGCUGCUGUCUCUGACUUCAUCAUCUAAUAGAAGACCAGUAGCUCGUCGGGCAUGCCUAUCUUGUCGUGAAAAGAAGAUUAAAUGUGAUGGUGAACCUACAACAACAAUUGUUUCUUUUGAUGGCUCCAAUAAAAUUAUUCCUCAAACUACAAGAACUUGUUCCAAUUGUAAAUUCUUGGGAAUUAAGUGUGUAUUUGUACAGAGUAAUAGAGGUGGUAGAAGAAAGAAAAGAGGGUCAAUGGAUGGAUCUGCAUCACCAACUGCAACUACGCCUGUAAUAGUGACUGAUCAAGAUAAGAGAUUAAGACUAGAAGAAGAUACCAGUCCAAGAACCCAGCAUUUAAUGGCCUCAGAUAUUCAAUCUCAACAACAUCAACUACAGCAUAGAGUGCCUCAACCACCACUACCACCACCUACACAUCAACUACCACAUAUUUCUCACCCAGUUUAUGGGUAUAAUCCCCCACAAAUUCCUAAUGCUUAUUGGAAACAACCACCACCUCCUCCACAACAUCAUCAACCUCCACUACAACCAAUUCCAGUCUCCGCUUUGUCAAGUCACCAGCCAUUUCCUGUUCAAACAGCUGGCUUGCCUUUUGGGCAUCCUGGUCAGCCACCACCACCUCCUCCAUCACAACCCCCUUUACCACCCCCACAAACUCUUUUUUUCAAUAGCCAGAAAACAUACUAUCAAUGGUGGUACACCAACACCAAUAGUAACACACGGCCAGAAAUUCAAGAGCAACAUAUCAGAUCUCUCUUGCCUUCAUUAUCAGUCCCAAACAUAAAAUCUCCUAUCAACCAACUGCGGGAUCCGAAUAAUAGACCAGCUUCUUCCACAGUCGGUAUCUCUUCUCACUUGAGGACGAUAGAAGCAGUUGGUAAUCCUUUACCUAUAACUCUAAAGCCUUUCAAUCCAUUACCACCUAAAUAUUCUCCCGACUAUUUUAACCCGAUUUAUUUGAUUACCAAGUACUAUCCUGAAAACCCUUCGUUGAAACCAUCAUUACCAAAGACAUACAUAGGUAAUUAUACUUUGGAUGAAGAUAGUAAUGCUGGCUGGUGGACACCACAGUAUUUAUCAGCCAUUGGUUUACCACCUUGGGAGGUACUAUACAAAAUUCUUCUAAUUUAUUAUGAAUUUUAUCAUCCCUUUCAAAAUGUCUUGCCUCCAAAUAUUCAAGGGUUACUUGAUGCUUCCAAUCCUAGAGCUCAAACUUCUAUAUGGUUUGCUAUAAUUUUAAUAACUUUGCCUAUUGCGAAGUCCUAUAAUUUAGGAAUUUGUCUAGAAGAAGAUGUUUGGCUUGAACACAUCAGAUUGAAUUGGAAGAGAAUGAACAGUUUUACAAGUUUCUUAUGUUUGAAUCUUUUAUCUCAUGUCACUACUUUGAGAUAUCAUUGGUUUAAAUUUAAUUAUUUAAGAGACGAUCUACAAGUUUUAUACGAAGCCGCAGCCGCAGCUACACACUAUAAUGCUAUAGAUGUUCAAGAUUUGGUUAGACAAAACCGAUGGGUAGGACUUGUGAAUACUCACCUUUCUGAUAUCUUUCUAUACAAAAUGUCACUUUAUGAUCAGGAAAAUAUUCUUUCUAAUGAAGCUCAAAAUUUAAACUUCACUGGUUUAGAAAAGUAUCAUCAGUUUGCUCGUCCAGGAGCUUUAAAGUUUGAUUCUAGAUAUAAAUCUAUUAACUUUCUGGAACGAACAAUUCAUUUGAAUUUGGAAUUGUUGCUAGUGAAUUUGGGUUAUCAAUCACAAUUAGUGAUGAAAUUAUAUGAAAAAGCGAAUCCAUUACAGAUGUUUAAAUAUCAAUUGUUAGAAUUCGAUCAGAAUACUACUAGUUCGGAAUUUAUACCAUUAAUUAAAUACAUUCAAGCCGAUAAAUUUUCCUUCAUAGAGACAAGAAAGAGAUUGGGUCAAUUAGCAGAUCAUUCAUGGUACUCAAUAAUAAUGAUGAUUAGAGAAUUGAUUAAUUUUGCUAAAUUAAUAGAGAUUCAUGAUAAGGAGAAUUUUCAAGUAAUAUUACAUGGUACUGAUAUAAGUUCCAGUAUCUACCAUACGUGGAUUAAACUUCCAACAUUUGCAUUAAUAACAAGUUAUACAUUUAUGCCAUUAAUGUUAAAUGCUCUCGUUAUAUUGAAAUUGGUCACUUUGAGCAAGAAAGACAAAAACCCUUCAACCUUGGUUAUAACCAUCGAUGAAGAUAAAUCAACAGAAAUUACAAUUGAUCCUGAUGUAAUCAGAGAUAUUUGUAAAUAUAACUACAAUGAUUUCAAACAUCAAUUAGUGGAUCGAACUAUGUUAGGGUUCAUUCGAGCUAAGACUUCAUAUACUUUAGCUGAGCCAAUUCAAAAAUUGAAUUUAAAUUUACUUAAUCAGUUAAUUAUAAAUUUCAAUGAAUAUAUAUCACGAACUGGAUCCGUGAGUUCAGUUUAAAGCAACAAAGGUUUGAACAUCCAAUUCCAUUCUUUAAUAUUUGCAUUAAUUCUUAAAAUUAUAAUUUUUCUAAUUUUUUUCUCUUCCAGUUAUGACUUCAUGUCUACUUAACUCCUGUAAUAUAUGUAUUCCUAUUUAAUUAAUACACAAAAUUUUGAAGGUUG